UUUAAAUUUCCAGUGGCGUUACACGGGCGACAGCUACACUCCUACAUUGCGCGACUGUUAAGACUCUCCAGAGAGAAGGAUUCGUUGGAGCGGCGCCCUCUUUUCUCGGAGUAGGGUCGUUUCCCCCUUCGCUUAUUUUCGUUUACAUGUAAGGAAGAUGGCGGCCGAGAAAGUGGGGUUACAGCUGCUGUCCCGCGAGCAUGGACAUGUGGAUGAGGAAGAAGAGGAGGAGGAAACUGAUGAGCUUAAAAUGGAAACAGACCAGCCUGGCGCAGAAAUGACUAAGGAAGAAAUACAAAUUAAAGAGGAAAAAACAGAAAUAAAAAUUAAAAAGGUAGAAACAGGACAAGAAAUUGGAAAGGAACCUAACAGAAACCUACUGGACGCAUCAUCUGAAUCUCCCAGAGGUUUGCAAGCCCAAUGCAGAAAUCUUUGUGGGAAACACAUUUCAAUUCAAAGAACGCUUACCGAUCUAGAAAAACUGGCUGGUUUGAAGGAAGGUUGCAGAAUCUCAACUGUUUCCCAGAACACAGACCCUCACAUGGCAGGUAGCAAGAAAUCUUGUCCUCUUUGCCCUGAAGACAAGUUCAAAGCUUGUUAUGCUCAUAAGCUCCAUCGCCACCUUCAGAAUCUCCACUGGAAAGUGUCUGUUGAAUUUGAAGGCUACAGAAUGUGCAUUUGUUACUUACCUUGUCGCCCUGUGAAACCAAAUGUUGCUGGAGAUCAGAUAUCCCUAAAGAUGGGAGCCCAUUUCCACUGCAUUAUCUGUUCAGCAACCAUUACCCGAAGGACUGAUAUGGUAGGGCAUGUUAAACGCCAUGUUAAUAAAGGAGAAACCGAAUCUAGGUAUAGCCCUGCCCGUGUUCGCAAGUCUACACAUGAAGUUGUGAAAGAAGCAGACACAGAUGUACGAGUCCUUCCUAACUAUUCUACGCCACAGAAAACAGAUUCCUAUUUUAAUCCCAAAAUGAAGCUUAACAGGCAGUUGGUAGUCUGUGCUUUAGCUGUUUUAGCCGAGGAGCGGAAGCCUCUGGAGUGCCUGGAUGCAUUUGGAGCCACUGGUAUAAUGGGAUUACAGUGGGCAAAGCAUCUUGGAAAUUCUGUAAAAGUCACCAUUAAUGAUUAUAACGCGAAUUCUGUGACAAUGAUACACGAGAACUGUCACUUAAAUAAGAUGAAGGUGGUGACUAGCAGCAAAGAGGAAGAUGACUGUGAUUUAACAUUGGAAGAAGGGGAGGAAAACUUUCCUACCAUUGAGGUGACACAAAUGGAUGCCAAUGUCAUCAUGUACUUGAGAGCAUUUGAUUUUAUACAUCUGGACCCAUUUGGAUCUUCAGUAAACUAUCUAGAUGCAGCUUUCAGAAAUGUAAGAAACCUUGGUAUUGUGUCAGUGACAUCGACAGAUACCAGCUCUCUGUAUGCCAAGGCUCAGCAUGUGGCUCAGCGCCACUACGGUUGCAACAUUGUGAGGACAGAAUAUUACAAGGAACUGGCAGCUCGCAUGAUAGUUGCUGCUGUGGCAAGAGCUGCUGCUCGAUGCAACAAAGGCAUUGAAGUUUUGUUUGCGGUGGCCCUAGAACACUUUGUUCUUGUAGAGGUGAGAGUAUUGAGAGGACCCUCUCCUGCAGAUGAGACUGUCAAGAAAAUUCGGUACCUCAUCCACUGUCAGUGGUGUGAAGAGAGGGUAUUUAAGAGAGAGGGCAACAUGAUAGAAGAGAAUCCUUAUCGGCAGCUCCCUUGUGACUGCCACAGUAGUAUGACAGGGAAGACGGCAGUUGAACUCGGCCCUCUAUGGUCAGGGUCCCUCUUUAACCCUGGAUUUCUAAGAAGAAUGUUGUUUGAAGCAGUUCAGUAUGGUUUGGAUGACAUCCAGACCCUUCUGAAAACACUCAUCUGUGAAGCAGAGUGCACAACUCACAAACAGUUUUCAAUACACGGCCCCAGCAGCCAUAACAAACAAGAAGAGUGUGGUGUGUUUAUUAAGACACCAGAUGCUGCAGCAGAUUACUACGGAAAAAGAAAGAGUAACGAAAUGAACCAAAAUGGACCAAAACGACACAGGCUUGAGAGUAACGCUGAACAUCCUGCCUUUUAUUAUAAUAUCCAUAGACACAGUAUUAAAGGAAUGAAUAUGCCAAAGUUAAAUAAGUUCUUGCAUUACCUCUCUGAAGCUGGGUAUCGAGUAAGUCGAACUCAUUUUGACCCCAUGGGCGUUCGCACUGAUGCCCCCCUGGUACAGUUUAAAUCGAUUCUCGUGAAGUACAGCACACCCACUUACACAGGAGGGCAAUCCGAAGGCUCUACGCAGGCUCUGGAGGAUUCCCAGGCAGGAACUGACGGUGACUUCACAGAAGAAAGCAUGUAAAAUGACACUUCUGGCAAGAGGUUUGACUUUAAAAAAAAAAAAAAACACCUGAAGAUUUAUUUCAAGAAGUACAAAUGAGCCAGUGAUCUCUAGAGACGGCAUGACCUGGGAUCAUUUUAGAACAGCAACAGAACAACAGCCACUCGUCUGCUCUCCCGAGACUGUCGUUCGGUUUUAAAUUAUUUCAUUUUUACUGCCCGUUCUUCUUUUAGUUAUUGAAUUCUGCAGCUAUCCUGAACUUCCCGUGUCUCUGGAACUUCUUCUUCAGAUAUAUAAUACCGCUGACGAAGAUGAUGGAAUAGCAGGGAGCUGAGGUACCAAGCACUUGUGUUAUUACUACAACUUAAUAAAAUGUU